AUGCCGAAAGGGGUAAAUCAGGCCCUUUUCCCUUUCAUCAAAGUCCACCCGCAAUGGCUUGCUGAGACCUUUGAAGGCCACGAUACAGCAGAUGAUGAGUUGUCAGGCAGUAUUAACAUUAAUGAUGAUAUCCAUCAACCAUCUCUUCUUAACUUCCCAUUAAGUUUGGAACCUCUGGAACCAUAUGUUGGAAUGGAAUUUGAAUCUGCUGAGGAUGCCAGGGAAUUUUAUGAGCUAUAUGGAAGGCGCAUGGGUUUCACUAUACGAAAUAACCGCACUCGCCGUUCCCUGAAAGAUAAUUCAAUAAUUGGUCGGGAGUUUGUCUGUUCAAAAGAAGGUUUUCGAUCCCAAAAGCAUGUGAACAACAGAGGUCUUCCGUCACAACCAGCAACUAGAGAGGGAUGCAAUGCAAUGCUGAGAAUAGCUGCUAAGGAAGGAGGGAAGUGGGUAAUAUAUGCCUUUGUAAAAGAGCAUAAUCAUGAGCUUAAUCCAAGCAAAAUACCAUCAAGACGAUCCCACAGAAUUGCAUUAUGUGAGAAAAAGAUAUCUGCAGCUUAUCAAGAAAAAUUGCAGACGAUAUUGAGAUAUAUUGAGGAACACACUCAACGUUUAUCAAUCAAUGUAGCAGCAGUGUUUAGCAAUGUUAGAGAGCUUGAAGCCGAAGAACUAGAUGACUUGGAUUCAUAUGAAUAG